AUGGAAUCGGUAAAAUCAUUAAGAAAUAAGAAACGCGGAUUAAAAGCGCAGUUCACGGUGUUAGAUAAUGCAUGUAACAAGUUAAUUAAUAGGCCGUUGUCUGAUUUAAAUGUUAGGGAUAUAGAAGAAUACUUAAAUAAGUUGAACACUUUGGAGGAAAGUUACGUAAAUGUUAUUAAUAAUUUAGCAAAUGUCUUAGACGACGAGGAGAAAAUAACUGAAUUAUACGACAUUGAUUUAAUUAGUGUCUUAAAUGACAGCAAACGAUUAACAGAUAAUUUCAAUCAAGUAAAAAAUAAAAUACCUCAAACCGAUUUAAGUAAUAAUAAUAUUAGAAGCGAACAAAGUCAAAGUUUCAACAAUAAUAUAAAACUUCCAAAUAUCGCAUUACCAACAUUUGACGGUUCCUAUAGUAAUUGGUUACAGUUUUAUGAUUCGUUCACGGCAUUAAUUCAUAAUAAUAAUACCAAUCUAAGCAAGGCCGAAAAAUUCUAUUAUUUAAAAACUUGCUUAAAAAAUGAAGCUGCAAGCGUCAUACAUUCACUGCCGUCAUCGUCAGCAAAUUAUGAGAUUGCUUGGGGAUUGCUUAGAGAUAGGUUUGAAAAUAAAAAAAUAAUAAUAAAUAACCAUAUUAGAAGUUUAUUUAAUCAUUCUGAAAUAAAGACAGAAGAUUUUAAAAUGUUAAGAAAUUUAGUGGAUAGCUUCAAUAAAAAUUUACGUUGUUUAGAAGCGUUAGGUGAGCCUGUCAAUAAUUAUUUAUUUAAUAUUAACGAAGGUGGAUUCAGCAACUCGUCGCGAAUGAAAGCUAUCCAACAAUAA